AUGGGCAACUUAGAAUCCAGACCCCAACCCCCUGCCUUUCCAACCCCAAUCCCAGGCCUUGACACCGAGCUCCAGAAAGUCCACGGCCUCUGCAUGGCCUCCUGGCACGCAGAAUCCCACGCCCAGACUCUCCACCCAGAGAGGCCUGAAUAUGCCGCCCUGAUGAGACGGCCCAUGGUACCCACGCCAGAGUGGGAGCGCACACUGCGGAAGAUGCGCACAGCACUGUCACGCCCUCGGGCCUGGGAUCCCUGGUACCGCGAAACACCACUGGACUGGUUCAAAGAGGUUGGUCGCGGACGCAGAUUGCUCCUCGCCGCGGCGGCCGCCAUACUUCUCGAUACGCAGUGUUGCGGCGCCCCGGAUCCGAUUCUGCGCAACCCCUUCCUGCUCGACCCGUGUUGUGAUUAUCUCCUGGGAAGUGGCAAAAUUGGACGCGCUGCGCUCCAGCCCGUCCUCGAACAUAUGCUGCUUGUCGAUUAUGGUCUCGGCGAGCAGCCUCUCCGCUCCGAGGGCUCUUGUACGCCUGGGAGUCUAUUUCAGAGAAGCAUACGACCCCAAUUGCAUGCCUUCUGCAGGGACAUUGUCAAACUUGCCGCUCAGUGCGACUGGGGCGUGUUGCCUUCACAGCUACAGUGUCUGUGGCUGAUUGAUGCCAUCAAUACUCUCACUCCUUUUGCUUCGGCCCAGUUAUCCGCCGACAUUUCAACCAUGCUCUACUGGUUCUACACUCGGCGUCGCAAGCUCACGGAUGAGGAGUACAAUCGAGGCCUGACCGGAUACACAGGAGUGCUCCAAGAGAUGAUUUUGGAGGUACCGACAAAGGGAUCGGAUCGAUUGAGGCGCAAGCUGUCUGUCGAUGCAAACCUGCUGAUUCCCAAGUACGUCGGAUCAGAGGAGCAGCGAGAAGUGCUCCUCGCUACUGCGAGGAGUCUGGCCAUGGAGCACCACAUUGAGAUCACAGUACCGUCCAAAGACCUUGACGAAGAGUCAGGAUCCGAUCAUGUGCACUGCAAGACCGGGGAGGCUUCGAAACUUGUCGAUAAUUAUAUUACAACUACUUCUGCUCCGUCACCACCACGCUAUGAGGCCACGGAGGCCUUUCCGCCAAGCUACGAGAAAUCGACAAAAUCUUAG